AACUAACUAGCAAAAUAUUAACGAACCAUACUAUAAACGGGAUCUAAAGUUGUUGACAAAAUUACCAGUAAAGAUGAUUGGAUUAACUCGUCAAUUAGCCAGAACAUCAUAUCGUCAAUAUGCUACCAGUACCACUGGAUCUCCUAAAAAAAUCGGAGCUUUUAGAGGAGGAUUUGUUGGAUUUUUACUUGGUGUUACUGCGACCGGGGCAGGAUCUUAUUAUUACUUAUUAGAUCAAUAUAAAUUAGCUAACAAUACUAUAGUUGCUGAUAUUGUUGCAUUACAAAAUUCCAUUAGUAAAUUGGAACAACAUAUUAAUUCUUUAGAUACCAAGAAAUAAAUCUAUUAAGAAGUACACCUCCGGGAGUGUUUCUUCACUUGUAUAUAAUCAAACAAGUUGUACCAUAGCAUAUACAUAUAGUAUACACAAUUGCUUGAUGUGUAUUUGAUAUUAUUUUUUUUAUUUAUUCAUUACUAAAUACAGGUUAUAUAUGCAAUCUCUUUUCUAUAUACAAAUUCAAUGCAAA